AUGAGCAGCACCUCACCAUCCUCCUCCGCCUCCUCCGCCGCCGCGCCGGCCACCCGGCCGCUCAUCUUCAAGGCAGUCCCCAUCGAGCUCACCACCACCGUCAUCACCGCCGGCGGCGCCGAGGCCGAGCCCCCCUCUCCCCUCUCCCCCUCCGGCGACGGUGAUGUCGCCCACAAGUCCACCCGCCUCGACGUCGUCUCGAUGCAGCGCAUGGGCCGCGCCCAGGAGCUCGUCCGCCACUUCCGCACCCUCUCCAUGAUCUCCUUCGUCGCCCUCGCCACCUCCGCCUGGGAGACCAACAUCUUCGUCUUCACCCAGGGCCUCAAGGACGGCGGCCGCCCGGGCGUCAUGUACAGCCUGCUCUGGUGCUUCCUCGGCUUCGUCCCCGUCUACCUGAGCAUGGCCGAGAUGGCCAGCAUGGCGCCCAUCGCCGGCGCCCAGUACCACUGGGUCAGCGAGUUUGCGCCCGCCCGGUACCAGAAGAUGCUGAGCUACCUGACGGGGUGGACGUCGACCCUCGCUUGGCAGGCGGGCAACGCACAGGGCAUGUUCGAGGUCGGCAUCGUCAUCCAGGCCAUCAUCACGGCCAACAUGGAGUACGAGGCCCCGCGCUGGCACGCCACCGUCAUCAACAUCGCCUUCACCCUCUUCGCCCUCGCCGCCAACAUCCUCGGCUCUCGCGCCCUGCCCUACUGGCAAAACGCCGUCUUCGCCCUUCACAUCCUCGCCUUUGUCGCCUUCCUCGCCCCCAUCUGGGUCAACGUGCCCAGGGCCAGCCACCACGACGUCUGGGCUCUCUGGGAGAACCGCGGCGGCUGGCCGUCGCUGGCCCUGUCGAUCCUCGUCGGCCAGAUGCCCGGAAUCUCCGCCCAUGCCGGAAUUGAUACCGCCGCUCACAUGGCUGAAGAGGUCCGCGACGCCGCCAGGACCAUCCCCCGCAUCAUGCUCGUCGGCUUCGUCAUCAACAUGGUCCUCAUCUUCCUCAGCCUCCUCACCUUUUGCUACCACAUCGUCGACAUCCCCACCGCCCUCGCCGACCCGACCGGCUACCCCGGCAUCUGGGUCAUCCGCCAGUCCAUGAGCCAGCCCUGGCUCAACCUGCUCCUCGCCGUCAUCCUCGUCCUCGAAGUCUUUGGCGAGCUCUCCUACUUUGCCGCCGUCAGCCGCGACCUCUUCGCCUUUGCGCGCGACGGCGGCUUCCCCUUCUCCCGGUGGAUCGCCCGCGUCGACGAGCGCCGCCAGGUGCCGGUCAACGCGUACGUGCUCUCCGCCGUCUUCAGCGUCCUGCUCAGCCUCAUCUACCUCGGCAGCGACGUCGCCUUCUACGCCGUCAUUUCCUUGUGUACCGUCGCGCUGCUGCAGUGCUACCUCUUCAGCAUCGGCUGCAUCUUGUGGCGCCGCGCGUUCCACCCGGAGACCCUGCCGCCGGCCCGCUUCUCGCUCGGGAGCUGGGGGCUGCCGGUCAACGUCGCAGCGGUCGUCUUCUCGCUCUGGGGCUUCUUCUGGACGUUUUGGCCGGAGGAGUAUCCGGUCACGCUGGCGGGGUUCAACUGGGCGUCGGUCAUCUUUGUCGGCACGCUGGCGCUGGCGCUGGUCAACUACUAUUCCGGUGGGCGGCACAAGUACCACGGUCCAGUGGUGUUGGUAGAGGGCCGCAAGCUCCGGGGAGAGUAG